GGACACUUCCAAUCUUUAUGUCAUUGGACAUACGUGUCAAAUGUGACAAGAAAAAGCCCGUUAAUCAAAUUCUAGGUGUGAAUUUCGGCCCGCGUUAGUAUUUGAUGCAAAAUUCGAAAGUGAAAAGAUGUCAAGCAAUAGUGUGACGCGCUUGAGGCGACGCGUGGCCAAAGUGGUGUUGGCCACGCUGAAGAAGAUCGGCGGAACCAAAGGACUCUCCUUCAAGAAAAUCUACGAGUCCAUCAGAGAUGAAUAUCCAAACACACCGAGAGAUCUCGUCAAUAUCAACAACACAUUGCAGAAAGCCAUCGCCUUUGGAGCAGUAGCACAAAAGAAAAACAAAAAAUACGUUUUGGGCAGCGUCGUGAAAGAGCUGAUGGAUAAGAAAGGUAGCCGAACACCGUAUUACGUCAUCGAAGGCCCUAAGCGUGUACUGAGAAAGAGGAAAAUGCCCGCUGCAAGAGGAAAAUCUAAGAGUAAGAAGUGAUCUCUACACUCACCUUCGAAUGUGAUGUUUGCGAUGUCCAUCUACGCUCUACUGUCUCUGCAAAAAGAAGAAAUCAUUUCAAUCGAUUGUCCUAUGCAUAUUUACAUACAUGAAUCAAUAAAAACCAACAUUUCAGGCUCAAAA